AGCGUGUUUUUUUAAGAACAAAGUAGAAUGCAUUAUCAAGUGGAUUCCUGGGGGUACCAUAUGCCGGCAAGGAGCAUAGGGUCGGACCCAAUGGAGAGGGUGGUGAAGCUGGCGUCAGAGAGCGCUGUGGUGAUAUUCAGUUUGAGCAGCUGCUGCAUGUGCCAUGCUGUGAAGAGGCUCUUCUGUGGAAUGGGAGUGAAUCCGACGGUGUACGAACUAGACAAGGACCCCAGAGGGACAGACAUGGAAAGGACACUAAUGAGGCUGCUCGGCAACUCGCAAGCCGUGCCUGUUGUUUUCAUCGGGGGGAAGCUGAUAGGUGCCAUGGACCGAGUCAUGGGUUCCCAUAUUAAUGGAACCUUGGUGCCACUACUCAAGGAGGCCGGAGCACUUUGGCUCUGAUUUCUGAGAGAACAAAAUGCCUAAUAAUUAACCCGGGAUUUACAAAGUACUGCAUGUACAAAACAUAAAACAAGUGUAGGAG